AUGUGCAAGAUCGCGACAAUUGUUACAUCGCUGACUCUGUUCGCAGGCUGUUACAGCUCGCCUUUCAGUCACUUUGCUCCACAUGCUGUUGUACACAAUGACACUGAGCACCUUAGAAAGAGCUAUAACUACAUCGUUAUCGGAGGCGGUACCAGUGGUCUCGUCGUUGCAAAUCGUCUGACCGAGAACCCUCGAGUGACUGUCUUGGUCAUCGAAUAUGGCUACGUCGAUGGUCAAGAAAAUGGAACCGCCGUCCCAGGUCUUCCUGUCCCUGGAAAGUACUUGAGAACAGAUAUCAGUAUACCUCAAUCUGGCCUCAAUAAUCGCACUGCUCCAUUGUACACUGGUGCUGUAGUAGGUGGUGGCACGGUGGUGAAUGGUAUGUUUUUCGCUCGCGGGUCUCGAGGUGACUAUGAUGCUUGGGAACAGCUAGGCAAUCCUGGCUGGGGCUGGGAUGGGUUGCUACCUUACUUCAAGAAGAGUGAAACCUUUACACCACCGACUGAGGAGCUGCAAGAGAUGUUUCCUGGGACGAUUUCAUCAGAUCUGAAACCCCAUGGCAUUGGCGGACCUGUCGGCUCAAGCUUUUCAAAUUAUCAGUAUCCUGUUAUAAAAAACUUCUUUGCAGGUUGGAAAGAUAUCGGUAUAAAGAUCAACUCUCAACCGAACGACGGCAAUGCCACUGGUGCUUUCUACAGCACGAUAUCCGCAUACGCAAAGAAUCAGUCUAGAUCUCAUGCCUCGAAUGCCUACUAUCGACCUAUCGCUGGCGUACGCAAGAACUUCCACCUCAUCACUGGACACACGGUUACGAAAAUCAAUUUCAGCAAAGAUAAACGGGCUGUUUCUGUUGAUUUUAUCUCUCGUGAGACCAACAAAACAAGUACUAUCAAGACCGACCGAGAGAUCAUUCUAGCGGCUGGUGCUGCUCGCAGUCCACAGAUCUUGCAGCUUUCUGGUAUUGGACCAAAGAAGCUCUUGUCUGGAUUAGGCAUCAAGACCAUCGCUGAUCUGCCUGGAGUGGGCAUGAAUUUUCAGGAUCAACCGACUAUUUACAUGCAGUUCAGCUACAACAACUACACUUUCCCAACGCCAGACUGGAUGUUUUCGAAUGCGAGUUGGGCUGCUGAACAACUUGAAAUCUAUUACAAGAACCGCACAGGUCCAAUGACUAUCCCAUACCUAGGAGGUAGUUCCGUAGCCUUCCUGCCCCUCCAGAAUAUAACCUCCGACUACCACUCUGUCGUCACCUCCGCAGCUUCCAUCAACAUCUCUUCUCUCCUUCCUACUACAGCACACUCCUCCAUCUUCUCCGGCUACCGAGCGCAAAGUGCGCUCCUCCAAUCUCUCUACUUGUCCCCUCACGCAGCAGUAACGGAGAUAGCCUGGGAAGGAGGCAACACCCUCCCCGUCGCCAUAAUCCGGCCUUUCUCGCGUGGAAGCAUUUACAUAAACACGACCAACCCCCUCUCCCCUCCCAUCAUCGACUUCAACACCUUUUCCCAUCCCACAGAUCUAGCCAUCGCACUCGCCUCUGUCAAAAAGGUUCGCGAGUGGAUCUCCUCCUCCCCUAUGCGCGCCCUCGGCACCCUAGAAACCUUUCCCGGCGCAAACAUCACCAGCGAUGCGGAAAUAGAAACUUUUAUAAGAGACGCAGCCACGAGUUCCUGGCAACAUCCCACCUCCACAACAUCAAUGAUGAAGAGGGAAUUAGGCGGUGUAGUGGAUCCUGCUCUACAAGUAUACGGUACAACAGGCUUGAGAGUUGUGGAUGCGGGCGUUUUUCCCAUGGCUGUUGCGGGACAUUCUAGUAGUAGUGUUUAUGCUGUUGCUGAGAAGGUGAGUGGACAGUGGUGGUUCAAUCUUUCGAGGAUGUGGUUACUGAUGUUUUCUGGUGUAGGCGGCGGAUAUCAUCAAGGCGAGCUGGGUAUAGGUGUCGGGAUGUUUGCUGCAUGA